UGGGCAGCGGCCAAGUUGAUAUGAAAGCCGUGGCCCCGUCGUUGUUUUUGUUUCAAAAAAUCAUUUCUCCCCUCUCGGGUAAAUACCCACUCUCUCUCCCCCGCUCCUCUCGAGUCUCGUCCUCUGUCCUCCUCCAUCCGUUAUUCCGGAUCAGUAGCCGCUCUGGUUUACCCUCAUCGGGCUGGAAGACCCUUUUGUUUUGCACUUGUCGGUCUCGGGUUUCCUAUUUCCCUUCCUUACCUUUCUCCUCCUAGUGGAAUUAGGGUUCGGCAGCUGCUUCACUACUGGGAAUUCAGGGAGGGUUUCUCUCUCCCUAUAUUACUCUCUUCCCCCUUUUCUCCGUCUCUUGAGCGUUUCCGUUCCCGGUUCCUCCAUUCCGACUGGUUCCCAAACUUGUGCCAUCCUCGAUGUUGAUGAUUCAAAUUCAAAUUUGUCCACAACUCUGCCCAGCCUACUCCUUUGUUUAGAUUAGUUGGAACUCUCCUUUUUAUCAAUCCAGCUGCAGCUGCUCCCCCUCCCUCCCUCCCUCCUCGUGAUGAUUGAGGGCAGGAGAAUCUCGGCCAAUCCCAGACCUUGUUCCGGCAGGAGGGUCUUAGCUAGGAAAAGGCCUCGCGUUGAAGGUCUCCUUAAUACUGUCAAGAAACUUCACCGCCGCGAGAUUUCCUCCAAGCGGGAUCGUGCUUUCACUAUGAGCAAUGCCCAGGAAAGAUUUCGCAACAUGCGUUUGAUGGAUGAAUAUGACACCCAUGACCCCAAGGGCCACUGUUCGGUGGUACUUCCUUUUUUGAUGAAGAGAACAAAAGUGAUAGAGAUAGUGGCUGCUCGUGAUAUUGUCUUUGCCCUUGCCCAUUCAGGUGUCUGUGCGGCUUUUAGCAGAGAGACGAAUCAGAGGAUAUGUUUUCUGAAUGUAAGUCCUGAUGAGGUCAUUCGAAGCUUGUUUUAUAACAAGAACAACGAUUCUCUUAUCACGGUUUCCGUUUAUGCCUCGGACAACUUCAGCUCCUUAAAAUGCAGAUCAACUAGAAUCGAGUACAUACGCAGGGGCAAGCCGGAUGCCGGGUUUUCCCUUUUUGAGUCCGAGUCUUUGAAGUGGCCUGGAUUUGUAGAAUUUGAUGAUGUCAACGGAAAGGUGCUUACGUACUCCGCACAAGAUAGCAUAUAUAAAGUGUUUGAUCUUAAAAACUACACAAUGCUGUACUCCAUAUCGGAUAAACAUGUGCAGGAAAUCAAGAUAAGUCCAGGGAUAAUGUUGCUGAUUUUCAAUAGAGCAAGUAGCCAUGUUCCUCUUAAGAUUUUAUCAAUCGAAGAUGGCACAGUGCUCAAAGCAUUCAAUCAUCUACUUCAUCGAAAUAAGAAGGUUGACUUCAUUGAGCAAUUCAAUGAAAAGCUUCUUGUCAAGCAGGAGAAUGAAAAUCUCCAAAUUCUUGAUGUAAGUUAUGUUUGUAUUUUUCAUUGUUGGGUUCUUAUCGUAGUGAAGAUUGAUUGCUUCCAGUGAUAAGAACAAUAGCUUUAUAUUUAACACUCCCGGAAUGUGGAUGGAUCUAUGUCCAUACCCAACUUCUUUCAGUCCACAUCGGAAAAUUUAGGCUCUCUACCGUGAGUCAUCAAAGGAGGAAUAGGCAGACACCGGUUUGAAAAGCUAACGAAAAACAAUCAUCUUGUUUGUAUCCACCAUUCUCAUUUUCAACUACAUAAAUUUCUGGUUUCUGCAGGUUCGAAAUGCUGAGCUGAUAGAAGUCAGUAGAACUGAAUUCAUGACCCCAUCUGCCUUCAUCUUCUUGUAUGAGAACCAAUUGUUCUUAACAUUCAGAAAUAGGACUGUUGCCGUCUGGAAUUUCCGCGGGGAGCUCGUAACCUCUUUUGAGGACCACCUAUUAUGGCAUCCUGACUGCAACACCAAUAACAUAUAUAUAACAAGCGAUCAGGAUCUGAUUAUUUCCUACUGCAAGGCUGAAUCUGAUGAUCAGUGGAUGGAAGCAAAUGCUGGGUCUAUCAAUGUCAGCAAUAUUUUGACAGGGAAGUGCUUAGCUAAAAUAAAUGCCUCCAAUGGCAGUCCAAAAGGUGUUGAGAGCUGUACUGGUAGUGGUAGUAGCAGUAGCAGUAAUAGUGGCUCAAAACAACAGAAGCACACGUCUAUGAGAAGUACAGCAGCUGAGGCACUUGAAGAUAUAACUGCACUUUUCUACGACGAAGAACGCAAUGAGAUUUAUACGGGCAACCGCCAUGGCCUUGUUCAUGUAUGGUCUAACUGAAUAAUACUCGAGCCAAACUAUGCGCAUUGUCAUUGUAUCUAUAGCCUGUAUAUCAGCAGCCGAAGUUGAUGCUAAUGUCUGAUGCAGUGCUGCUGGUUCAGUUUUUCUCCUUGCUAUUUCACCCUUUUCCUCUUGGCUUGGGGUGGUAGGGACGGGAGAGACCAUCCUAAAUUCAUUACUAGGUACCAUGUAAUACCGGGCUGUACUCUUUUACUCUGAUUUUGGUAUUUGUUUCUAACAUUGGAGCUGCCUGGCUGUAUUGUUCUGUGCGGUAAGAUAGAAGAAUGGUUGUUGUUGAAGAAUGUAUGUUGUGUUCUUGUGUACUGAAGUAAACAUGCUUUGUGAGUGAAUUCCACCUUAAUCUCAACUCCAUCCGUUGUGAUUCAGAUAUCAGAAGGUUAGAAACUGUUGCUUUUUCUUAUAUGGAUGAAUGAUAACACUCGCAACGUUCCUCUACCAAUUCUCCAG